AUGAGAUUCAAACAAUAUCUAUUAUUAUUUUUAGUUUUUUCUUUUCUUUUCGCAACAAUUUCGAUUAAUGCACAGGAUGGAAAUGAUUCAACAACACAAGAUCCUUUAACUACAGCCACAACGGAUACUGCUUCGACCACCGGAGCAAGUCCAACAGAUACAACCUCUACCACGGACCCAACAACAGACACUGCUUCAACUACCGGAGGAAGUCCAACAGACACAACCUCAACCACAGAUCCAACAACAGAUACAGCUUCAACCACUGGUACAACUUCUACCACCUCAACAACAGACACAACAACAGACACUACUUCAGCCACAGGUACAACUUCAACUACCGGAGGAAGUCCAACCGAUACAACCUCUACCACGGACCCAACAACAGACACUGCUUCAACUACCGGAGGAAGUCCAACAGACACAACCUCAACCACAGAUCCAACAACAGAUACAGCUUCAACCACUGGUACAACUUCUACCACCUCAACAACAGACACAACAACAGAUACAACUUCAACCACAGGUACAACUUCAACUACCGGAGGAAGUCCAACCGAUACAACUUCAACCACAGAUCCAACAACAGAUGCAACUUCGACUACCGGAGGAAGUCCAACAGAUACGACCUCAACUACUGGAGGUAGUUCAUCAACAGGAACAACUUCAACCACCGGAGGAAGUACCACAGGAGAUGGACCAUCCACACCACCAGUUGACACACUUACUCUCUUUGAAUUGGUACAACCAGUUUGUUCUUUUGGAAUUGGACAGUUAGUAUCUAAGCAAGAGAAUGCCAAAUUCUUUAUCAACAAUACACAGCUUGUCACACCAUACACUCUUUCACCAGGACUCUAUGAGCUCACCGUUACAUAUACCCAACCAUUAACUCUUAAUGAAACAGAUAUUAUUAUCCAAUAUGGUCUAUUCAAUAAAGAAACACCACAAUUCACUGUCAAACAUGAGACAUGUGGAAACAAAGAUGGUUCGAUUACUAUUAUUAACCCAACAAAAUAUAAAAGCAUUGCGCUCGAUGGUACUCCUAUUGCCGCAGAUGCCACCUCUUUUGAUAAGCUCUCUGCCGGUAAACACACUCUGACUUUAACUUCUGACACAUGUACAACCCAAGUUGUUGAUAUUGAAUUGGUUUCAGUUAGCCCAAAAAUACAACUUAUCUUCACACCAUCAUCUUGUCCCGCAGAAUCCACAAUUAAAGUUACAUUACCAAAGGAGUUUGAUGAAAAUCCACAGUUCACAGUAAACACUGUUCCAUUGACAAAUAAUUCCUUCACUUUGGCACUAUACAAGGGUAUCGAUAUCGUAGUGGCCUACACUUCCAAUGGUUGUUCUUCCUCCGAGAAAUUGAGCAUCCAAUCACUCGAGACCAUUUAUCCAUUCUUCUACUCACAAACUCCAGUUACUGCUCAGUCAACCAAUGAAGACAAGACAGCAUGCGUACAACAAUUUGCCAAUGUUACAAUUGACACAAGCUAUCCAGGUAUUCAGAUUUUCUCCGCAGAUAACAAACCAGUCACACUCACCGAAAAUAGUUUUACCUCUGCCUAUGGUGCCAAGUACACUGUAAAGAGUGAAAAGUGUUCAUUGGCUGCCGAUUCAGUCAUUGGAGAAAUCCAAGUGGUUUCACCAUCACCUAUCAUCACCUUUUCCAAUAGCACAACAGUUUGUAAGGCCAACUCCUUCGAGGUAGAGAACUAUGCUGAUUUCAAACAAUUGAGUUUGACAAUCAAUAACAAUGGUACUAUCACCACUAAUUCCCCAUUGAAUGGUUUGUUCAGUGACAUUCCAUCCACUGCCAAUGUCACUGUCUCAAUGCAAUACACUUUUGGUGAAUCCAACCAGUGCAAUGACAGCUACACUGUUCCAAGUGGAUCUAUUCCAAUCGAUUUCAAUCUAGACCUAGAUUACUCUUCAAUCAUUAAGUUUAGUAUCACCAAGAAUGCCAACUCAUGCUCCAAUGGUACAGCUGUCUUUUUCGUUGAUCCAACAGUAGUUUCAGAUGUUUCCAAUGUCACAUAUAGCUUUGCUCCAAACCAGACCAUUCGUGUUGAGCUUCUAAGUGCUUCUGGAUGUGAGAUCCACACCAUAUGGACAUCACCAAACACCACCGACCCUGCUCCAGCCACCGCUGCUCCAAUCGUCAAAGUUAACCAGCCAAAUACCUGUGAUUACCAAUUGGAUAGCAUCGUUGAGUUCUCUGAUCCAGACUUUAAUAUUUCCAAGGUAUUGGUAGAUGGUAUAGAGCAACCGAAUUUCUCAAAGGUCACUGGACUUGCCUCUGGAACCCACAGUGCUGUUGUCAAAUAUUAUGACUUGUGUGUUGCCGAUGCCAGUUUGAAUUUCACUAUUUCCUCCACCAACGAAUUCAAGAUUGACUACACAGUCGACCCACUACAAGAUACAUGUGGACAAGCAGAUAUCCCAGUUCUAGUUGUUAUUGGUGAUAUCACCAACUUGGCCAGUGUCACUUUAGAUACCCAAGAAUACAAUACAGCACUUAAGGGAUGGAAUGUCACCUCUGGUUCUCAUACCCUCCAAUUCAUAUCUGAAAAGUGUAAUGGAAGCAUUGGUCUAGAUACCUCACCAGUUUAUGUAAUUGAUCACCAAAUUACUGCUGCUUCAUGCAAUCAAUCAGCCGAUGCAACCAUCAAGUUCACAGCCACUCUCCAAUCAAAUCCAACCCAAGCAGUCACUAUCACAUCCAUUAAACUCAAUGAUAAAGAAACCCAAGGAAAUAUCUAUUCAAAUGUACCAACAGGAGAGCAAACAUUCACUAUCACAGUGAAUCAAUGUCAAGUAAGCAAGAGUGUUGUUGUUCCAACUAUUCAGAAUCCAUUCACUAUUACCCCUGUGAAUGCAUCUGGAUGUGAGAAUCAAGAUGGAAUGAUAAAGAUUGUUUCAGGUUCUGGUGUCACCAUUUCCAGCAUCCAAUCAUCGAGUGGACAUAUCAAUAAUAUCGACCCAACUACAUGGAAUGUUCUCCAACUCGCAGGAAACCAAAACCUAACCCUCAAUAUUACCUACAAUAAUGUUUGUACAGUUUCACAAGUUGUAUCAAUUCCUCAAACCGAAUCAUUGCCAGUACCAACUUUCAGUUUCACAGCUCCAUCGUGUCUAUUGGUAGAUGGAGCAUUACUUCUCAUCAAUUACACAAGUUACACCAAUGCCUAUCUCACACCAGUUAGUGGCGCAGGUAAAUCUAUUGACAUGUCAGCCACGGGAGAAUUCACUCAAUUGGUAUUCAAUACCCAAUAUCUAUUUACCGCUGUACAUGUACCAACUGGAUGUAGAUUGAAAUCAGUUCCAGUAAGCAUUCCAAACUUUGAGAGUUUGUCUAGCUUUGUCAAUCAAUCCGCGUACAGUGUCACAAGUGAAACAUGUCCAGGUAGUUUCAAUGCACAAGUUACAAUGACUUCUGGUGACAACUAUUAUUCUAGACUCUACAACGGUGCCAACCAAAUGGUUGGUCGUCAAUCAAAAGCAUCUAAUGCCAUUAAUUAUCUCGCCACUGGUACCUAUCAAUCAAAGCUCAGUCUUUUACAGAACCCAUUCUGUAUUUCUGCAGUUCCAAGUAGUGUCUCUGUUUCAUCGCAGUAUAGCCCAGAGCUCUCUUAUUUGGCAUAUGGUACAUGUUCCCUUGAGUCUGAAGGAUACUUAACACCACAAAUCGGUUAUCCAUUGGAUACCGUUCAAUUCAACUUGAGCAGCACCAACAACUCGACACACCUGGACUUGACACAUCUUGCUGCAGGAGAUUAUUCAUUGACAGCAGAAAUUAAAGAUCCAGUUUGCAGACGUAAGUUUGCACCGAUCACUGUUAGCAUUGAGAAGAACUAUGGAACUUUCGAGGCCACUUUUGACACAUCGAAUUGCAGCACAGUUUUCAUAACAAUCAACGGUGGAAACAGAAACAUCACCACACCACUCACAUUAUAUACUAUAACAAUCUCCAACAGUUCCAACAUUUUGGAUGGCAAGAAAUAUUCAGUAAACUCAACCGCCAGCAAUGCAAUCAGCAUCACCGACCUCUUAUACAAUACCAACUACACAGUCUUAAUCGAAUCCAACUUCCACUGUUCCAUUCAUUACACCAACAUCUCUGUAAAACAGUGUAUUGCACCAACAGAGAAACCAAGAAGUUCAAAGUUAAGUGGAGGAGCAUUGGCAGGUAUCAUCAUAGGUGUAACCAUUGGUGUUUCAUUUAUUGGUUUACUUGCAUAUUACCUAAUCAAUAAGUCGAUGACUAAAAGAUAUCAUCACCCAGUUGAAAUGGAUUCACCUCAAUAUAAAUUAAUGAUGGACGAAAAAUACGACUCAUAA